AUGAGCUGCUUGUUCGAGACUUCUGAGGGGUUGAACUCACGAUAUGGUCUACGUGAAAAGCGGCCAGAUUCAGGUUAUCAGGCCCUUCCUCCAGCAAACGAGAUAAGCGAGAGAAAGAAACUAGCCUUUGGGCAAGCCUUCAACACGCUACGGACCGGACCAAAGAAAACUCGUAGCGACAAAGGCAGCAAUGAAGCAGGAAAAGGUGUCUCGGCAUUAUCAAAGUUGGUAAGGGUGGCUAUUGACAAGGACAAAUUCGGGAGUUUGAUCGAUAACAUCUCCUAUUUCAUUGCCAAGCUCAACGAACUCCUACCACCGACGCUCACUUUGCUUUCCAGCAUGGCUCUUGAGAAUAUAAGCAGUAGCGGCAUGACCACAGCGGCUAUUGAGCGUGUGGCCCAUCUCAAAUUACCCCACAGGGCAUUUCUUGAGGGCGAGUUGGUGGCUGCUGCGAAGGUUACAAUGGCGACUGGAGACAUAGCUUAG